AUGGACGAAAAGAUGGCAAGGUUUCAACGUCGCGCAGCAACCCUUGCAAAAGGCACCGGAUAUCUUCAAGGAGUUAACUCACUGACUCGUGCUUUACUGGAAAUAACAAAUAUUGAAAUGGCAGCUAGAAGUUGCUUUACCAGUAAGAAGCCCAAAAUUGGUAUAUACAAAUGGUCCUUUGACAAAACGAAAGAUCCAACGAUGUUCAAGGAGUUGUACGAAAGCUACACGACCUUUACCUUGGAUAUGGAUCAGGCCUGUAGAGAUUGCUACAAUGUGCGCCUCCUAAAGAUGUAUGUGGAACUAUACGGUAAAGCCCAAGAUCAGAGCGUCCCUGACAAAGUUCGUCUGAAGCUCAAACCACUGAGCAGGUCCUACUUUAGAAUUGGCGAUCAGAUUAAAGACUUCCAUCAGCCGAUAGCCUCUUGGAAGUACUUACAUUUCGACCGUUUCAAGAUAACUAAUAAAGACAAGUGUAGACAGGAAAAAGAACAUGGGAGGGAUGGCGGUUUUUACUGUAUGGCAAAACACGACACGCGCCUGACAGAAAUGUGCUGUCACCCGCUCAUCAGCGCACCUUGUGAUGAUGCUUUGACGGGAGAGGAAGAAUGUCGCAGUGUAUUUGGGACGUACAACAUUUCCAUACCAAUCGAUCAGACACUGGAUUGCAGACGACAAAUCACUUACAAAAACUGCAAAAGCCUGAAAGUAAGCCUCCACAUCUGGCUCCAGCUGUUUGAAGGGUGGAUAACGCUAUCCAAUGGAUGGCGAAAAACGUCUUGUGAACAACCAUCUAGUGGGAACUCCUACUGA